CAGUGUGACACUGAGAUGAUUGAUAGAGAGCUCCGUUCGAUGGAAAUACAGGUGGUUGAGACGGAUUUCAGGCACCCGUGAAGAGAUCAGCACAGGUAAUGAAAAAAACCAGAGAUAUCAGUGUGAAACAAGGAGGAAUCUACUGGUGUGAGGGACAGAGAGGAAAUCCUCAGUUCUACAGCCAACCCAGCCACGAAGUCACCAUUGAGAAAACUUGUGAGUUUUUUUCUUGAAAACAGUUGCAAAACUUUUCCAACAAGGUUGUAGUGUCCUGCCAGCCAAACGGUUCUCAUGUCUUCAGUGGUGAGUCGAUCACUCUGACAUGUGAGGUCCAGGGAGGAGAAACCACUGAGUGGUCGUGUGAAUGGAUGAGAUCUGGGUCAAUAAUACACAAGACAGACAGUAAAGACUGGACUUUCAUUGUCUCUGAAUCCAGCAGAGGAAACUACAUGUGUCAGUGUAGAAGCAGAGAUGACUGGUAUUCUCCAACAAUGUGGGGGAGUAAAGCCAUCAAACUGUCUGUUGCAGCAGGUAAACCAAAGGUCCAGUUGAGUGCUUACAGUCUGGAGAUACCAGGCAGAGUAACUCUGACCUGCUCAGUGACUCCAUCAUCAAUUGGCUGGAAAUAUUACUGGUACAGAGAUGAGAAAUCUGCUGACCCUCUGAUGACACAAGAACCUGUUUUCUCUCCAAAUGAACUGAAGAGUGUCUCAGAGAAAAGCUUGUACUGGUGCAGAGGAGGAAGAGGAGAACCAGUGUACUACACAGACUACAGCAAUCCAAUCACAAUCAGUAAUAAUGUAACUGUAUCCAAUCCUGUCAGCUUUUCAAUUCAUGUGAUGUUAAUCGUUGGACCAGUUAGUGGAGUCAUUCUCAUCAUCCUCCUGCUCUUGUGGCGGAGUUACAAAUGGUCCAUGGGUGAGAACUUUUUCUUCUCAUCUUAUUGCUUCUUAACUUCUUCCUUACAUGUAUGUUUUGAAAUAGAGUUAAUCAGUGUAAUUCUGUUGUCAAUGAUCCAAAUGGUUUUGUCAUCUUCCCCAGAUUUGUGCAGCAUCAGGUCAUUUCAGUCUGAAAGCAGCAGCCAGAGGCCGACCACUAAUCAUGGAGUGAACCAGACUGAAAGUGAUUACAGCUUUCUGCUACAUGGCACCACAUCUGUGUAUGAGACAAUCCAUAACUGUGGAGCCACUGGAAAAGAGAGGCUUCCUGAUCCAGAAGUAGGUUCUGUUUACGUUAAUGUGAGACCAGAUAAUUACAGCUCAGCAUGAAGGAAAUUGGAGUCCAGCUGCAACAGAUGCUCCAGUUUUUAUUCUCAGAUCAGGAGAAGCUGUGGACAACACUGCCGCCCUGCAGGCUGCUGCUUCAUUCUGCAAGUCUUUGACUCAUCUGAUGUGUUUUCAUAUUUUCAUUAUUUGUUGUGUUGAUUAUUGUAUUUCCCCAGAUUUAAGACGCAAAAGAUGUUUUAAUGUUGAUAUAGCUCAUAUGUUAUAGAUAAGUUAAAAAUCCAUGAAUUUAAAGUUUGGAAGAUUCCAGUGAGAUAAAACAAAAGAUAAACAUUACAAACACCAUUGUUACCCAUAGAGCAGCAUUUGACGCUUUCACACUUUUGCUAUGUUUUUAAUAAAUAUAUUGUCGCACAGUUUGACUAUUGGUGCCUCAAUGAAACGUGCAUAAGGUACAUAAUGUACAAAUGUGUAAAACAUUAAUAAAUAUUCAUAGACACCGAUGGUGUUCAGGUUGUGCUUUGAUUGCUGCUUUGGUGGCAAUGAAUGCUAAAAUAUGAGAAUGAGGCCUCUGGAGCAUUUCUGAGAAACCCAUCAACCAGAAAACCUGCAGACUCCAAACUUGUGAAAUGUGUGUCAGUCCAUAACACCGAAACACAUUUGUACCACAGAUAAGUUUAGAUCUUCAGUUUUAAUCUGUUAACAUGUUUUUAGACCAGAAGAGUUUACAAACUCCAGAGAAAUGCACUUCACACUAGAGACACAGUUGCCCCAAAUGUGGGGCUUUUCCCCCCCAUUAUACUCCACACUUGUCUUGCCAGACAAGACAAGUUUAAAAGAGAGGAAACAAAGAAAUAUUGUUUAGACUAAAAAUGUUCUUUCAUAGGUUAAAAUUUGUUUGUAUUCUUUGACCUGUUAGUAUCGUCUAGUGGUUAAUGUUGGUAUUCCAGGUCUGUUAGAAACAGGAAGGCCCCAUGUUUAGACUGUGCAGAGCAGCAUGACAAUCAAGUCUUCCUGUUUGCUGCAGCUCAAAUUUUUUGUUGUUUUAUGUUAUUCAUUACCAUCUUUGUUGGUUUAAAGGUUUUGGGGAAACAUUGAUCAUUCUCACAUUAAGAUAUUUUAUUAAUUAGCCAUGAAGUUUAUCUACCUGUUUUCUUAUGGUAUCUGCUCUCUGUACAUAUAUGUUCAAAGUUGAUUUGUGUCUUUACUUUUUUCUUUCAUAACUUCACCUGGUAUUUCAGAAUUUCUGUAACAUUUUUUGCCUUUUUCUGCACUUCCACAGAAGGUCACACUGACCCUGGUGCUUUCGUUGGACCGUAAGCGUUGAAUCUAAAGAGCACAAGUGGUUCUCACGCGAAUCUUUUUUUUUAGCUUUUUGCACCUUUCUAAAUGCAGAACUACUUCACAUCUUCCCCAGUGUCACUGAUCUCUUAUCUGCCUCUGUUUCCACCUGUGGUCUUAUGUGACAGGUGAGAUCAUUGUGUCACUUGUAUUUUAGAGACUAAAGGUAAUUAUAAAAAUAGUCCCCCAGUUGGUUUCCCAUGCUCUAGAAACCACAUGCUGUUUUUGCUCGAAACAACUAAUUCAACUUUAUCUAAAUGUUACAAUUGAAUCUGUUGGAAAAAGUGGAAAAUCAUUGAUGUUUUUGCUUCCAGUCGUUCCUGGAGUGAGAAAUUCAUCCUCAGGUCAGAUUUCAAAUAAACGAUCAGAAGAU